AAAUAAUGAGUGAUAGUCGAGUGUGUGGCGCGAGGCGGCGAGGAGCGGCCGUCGACGUGUUGUGUAGAGAACAGCUGUGUGGCCGCCGCUCUCCCCGCCUCGCCCCACCAUGCUCAACUUUACCACUCUCCAAUGGCUCCUCUCUCUCCUCGCGGUGGUUCUCCAGUUCAGAAAAAUACAGGGAGGAGCUUUACAAUUGGACAGUAGCAAUUUUGACAGUAUCAUAGGUAGUAAUGAACUGGUCUUUAUAAAUUUUUAUGCAGACUGGUGUCGUUUUAGUAACAUAUUAGCACCCACAUGGGACGAGACUGCCGAUAAGGUUCGAGAAGCAUUCCCAGACAAUGGUCGAGUUGUCAUUGGAAAAGUUGACUGUGAUGCAGAAUCAAGUAUUGCUUCACGCUUUCACAUUACCAAGUACCCAACACUGAAGCUUCUACGCAACGGCCAGGCUUCAAAACGGGAGUACCGAGGUCAGAGAUCUGCCGAAGCAUUUGCGUCCUUCAUAAAGGAGCAGUUACGGGACCCUAUAAAAAUUAUUGAAAGCCUAGAUGAAACACAAAAUUUAGAGGAAACAAAGAGGACUGUGAUAGGGUAUUUUGAGCGGCAGGAUGUUCCAGAGUUUGAGGUAUUCCGGAAGGUAGCGCUCAAUCUGAAAGAUGACUGUCAGUUCCUAGCAGGGUUUGGGGAUACAGUGCGAAGCAUGCAUCCUCCGGGGGAAAACAUCAUUGCAUUUAAGGCUUCAAUAACCAAAGAAGACGAUGCUUUCACAGGCUCUCUCCUAUCUUAUGAUGAGGUCUCUAUUUGGGCCACAGAGCGAUGCAUUCCACUUGUACGGGAAAUUACGUUCCAGAAUGCUGAAGAAUUAACAGAAGAAGGGCUGCCUUUCCUGAUACUUUUCCAUGCUCCAGAUGAUACUGAGAGCAUGAAGAAAUACUCAGCACUUGUGCAAGCAGAACUCACUGAUGAAAAACAAAAUGUGAACUUCCUGACAGCAGAUGGCGUACAGUUCGCACAUCCCCUUCAUCACUUGGGCAAGUCCAAGAAGGACUUGCCACUCAUUGCUAUUGACUCCUUCAGGCACAUGUAUCUCUUCCCGGAUUACAGCGAGGCAUAUGUUCCGGGGAGAAUGAAGUCAUUCUUAGCUGACCUAUAUAGUGGAAAACUUCACCGGGAGUUUCAUUACGGUCCUGAUCCAGAAACUACAGAGGACCCUGCACAGAUUGAAGACAAGUCUCAAACAGACGAGACAAACGUCAAGAAGGAGAAGCCCACCACGCCUCCGGAGUCGACCUUCAAGAAGCUGGCGCCCUCUAAGAACAGAUACACGUUACUUGAUAAAGAUGAACUGUAAGAGUAAGGCAUCAGAAGUAAUGUUUAAGCUUUCAGAUAUUUUAACUUGGGGGUCAUUUUGUGCUUUUAGGGAAUACUUGGAAUUAUAAAUCAUUGGGAAUAAUGCCUAAAUAAUUUGAUAAUUUAUUAAACACGUUGGGGGUUUGCUUUAAUAAAGGUUAGGGGUUAGUUAACUAUUAAUCUAACACGAGGAUAAGAAUGACCAAAAGUGAUGUUGAGUGUAUCAGGUAUUGUGGAAAAAAAGGAUUUUAAGCCAUGUUAAACAUGUAUGAGAGGAACUAGGCACUUGUUUAUAAUUUAAUUACAAAUGACAUGUACAAAAGAAGUUUUCAAUCAAAACUGAUGGAUUGGAAAGAGCAGAAUAAAUGAUGGUAGUCUUUUGACAAUAUUAUGUUUGUUUUCAUAAAUCUUUUCUAAACUGCAAUUGUCGUUCGGGGUGUGAAAAGUUUUAGAACUAUUGGAAAUUGUUCACAUUUCCAGUAUUUGGAAGAUGUUAAUAUUAGUGAAUGAUAGUUGUUGCAGCUUCAUAUUUUGAUACAUAUUAUAUGGUGUGUGAAGAUGUGUCCACGGGUGGCUGUGUCCACGGGUGGCUGUGUCCACGGGUGGCUGUGUCCACGGGUGGCUGUGUCCACGGGUGGCUGUGUCCACAGGUGGCUGUGUCCACGGGUGGCUGUGUCCACGGGUGGCUGUGUCCACGGGUGGCUGUCUCCACGGGUGGCUGUCUCCACGCAGAUGUCUCCACCUGUGGAUGUCUCCACGUGUGGGUGUGUCCACGCGGAUGUCUCCACGUGUGGGUGUGUCCACGCGGAUGUCUCCACGUGUGGCUGUGUCCACGCGGAUGUCUCCACCUGUGGAUGUCUCCACGUGUGGCUGUGUCCACGCGGAUGUCUCCACGUGUGGCUGUGUCCACGCGGAUGUCUCCACCUGUGGAUGUCUCCAUGUGUGGCUGUGUCCACGCGGAUGUCUCCACUUGUGGCUGUGUCCACGCGGAUGUCUCCACGUGUGGGUGUGUCCACGCGGAUGUCUCCACCUGUGGAGGUCUCCACGUGUGGCUGUGUCCACGCGGAUGUCUCCACCUGUGGAUGUCUGCACAUGUCCUGCUCUCAUCAACAUUGACUCACCUCCUCUAAAUCAUCAAUGGCAUUAUCACUGUUUUUAUUUUGUUUUAUUAUUUUUAAAGAUUUUUUUAAAGAAAACCACACACAGUGCGUAUACCCAACCUGUGGAGAAGAUUAUUGUGGAAGAAGAGAUGUCUCACACUUGCAUCUUUCUCCAAGACCUGUGACAGUCUUCUUUGUGACGGACUCUUGACUUGUAUUGGUGACAAGCACAGUCUGUUGUCAUUACUGAAUGUUACCGCACUCCUCUCACUCUCUCUCUCUCCUGACUUGUGCUCUAAGUGUGUCUGGUGACUACUGACUGUGGUCACAGUGUCUGGUGACUACUGACUGUGAUCACAGUGUGUCUGGUGACUACUGACUGUGGUCACAGUGUCUGGUGACUACUGACUGUGAUCACAGUGUGUCUGGUGACUACUGACUGUGGUCAGUGUGUCUGGUGACUACUGACUGUGGUCAGUGUGUCUGGUGACUACUGACUGUGGUCACAGUGUCUGGUGACUACUGACUGUGAUCACAGUGUCUGGUGACUACUGACUGUGGUCAGUGUGUCUGGUGACUACUGACUGUGGUCACAGUGUCUGGUGACUACUGACUGUGAUCACAGUGUCUGGUGACUACUGACUGUGGUCAGUGUGUCUGGUGACUACUGACUGUGAUCAGUGUGUCUGGUGACUACUGACUGUGGUCAGUGUGUCUGGUGACUACUGACUGUGGUCAGUGUGUCUGGUGACUACUGACUGUGAUCACGGUGUGUCUGGUGACUACUGUGAUCACAGUGUGUCUGGUGACUACUGUGAUCACGGUGUGUCUGGUGACUACUGACUGUGAUCACGGUGUGUCUGGUGACUACUGUGAUCACGGUGUGUCUGGUGACUACUGACUGUGAUCAGUGUGUCUGGUGACUACUGACUGUGGUCACAGUGUGUCUGGUGACUACUGACUGUGAUCAGUGUGUCUGGUGACUACUGACUGUAGUCACAGUGUGUCUGGUGACUACUGACUGUGGUCACAGUGUCUGGUGACUACUGACUGUGAUCAGUGUGUCUGGUGACUACUGACUGUGAUCACGGUGUGUCUGGUGACUACUGACUGUGGUCACAGUGUCUGGUGACUACUGACUGUGGUCACAGUGUGUCUGGUGACUACUGACUGUGGUCACAGUGUGUCUGGUGACUACUGACUGUGAUCACGGUGUGUCUGGUGACUACUGACUGUGGUCACAGUGUCUGGUGACUACUGACUGUGGUCACAGUGUGUCUGGUGACUACUGACUGUGGUCAGUGUGUCUGGUGACUACUGACUGUGGUCACGGUGUGUCUGGUGACUACUGACUGUGAUCACAGUGUGUCUGGUGACUACUGACUGUGGUCACAGUGUCUGGUGCCUACUGACUGUGGUCACGGUGUGUCUGGUGACUACUGACUGUGAUCACAGUGUGUCUGGUGACUACUGACUGUGGUCACAGUGUCUGGUGACUACUGACUGUGGUCAGUGUGUCUGGUGACUACUGACUGUGAUCACAGUGUGUCUGGUGACUACUGACUGUGGUCACAGUGUCUGGUGACUACUGACUGUGGUCACAGUGUCUGGUGACUACUGACUGUGAUCACAGUGUCUGGUGACUACUGACUGUGGUCACAGUGUGUCUGGUGACUACUGACUGUGGUCACAGUGUGUCUGGUGACUACUGACUGUGGUCACAGUGUCUGGUGACUACUGACUGUGAUCACAGUGUCUGGUGACUACUGACUGUGGACACAGUGUCUGGUGACUACUGACUGUGGUCACAGUGUCUGGUGACUACUGACUGUGGUCACAGUGUGUCUGGUGACUACUGACUGUGGUCAGUGUGUCUGGUGACUACUGACUGUGGUCACAGUGUCUGGUGACUACUGACUGUGGUUACAGUGUCUGGUGACUACUGACUGUGGUCACAGUGUCUGGUGACUACUGACUGUGGUCACAGUGUGUCUGGUGACUACUGACUGUGGUCACAGUGUGUCUGGUGACUACUGACUGUGGUCAGUGUGUCUGGUGACUACUGACUGUGAUCACGGUGUGUCUGGUGACUACUGACUGUGGUCACAGUGUCUGGUGACUACUGACUGUGGUCACAGUGUCUGGUGACUACUGACUGUGGUCACAGUGUCUGGUGACUACUGACUGUGGUCACAGUGUGUCUGGUGACUACUGACUGUGGUCACAGUGUCUGGUGACUACUGACUGUGGUCACAGUGUGUCUGGUGACUACUGACUGUGGUCACAGUGUGUCUGGUGACUACUGACUGUGGUCACAGUGUGUCUGGUGACUACUGACUGUGGUCACGGUGUGUCUGGUGACUACUGACUGUGGUCACGGUGUGUCUGGUGACUACUGACUGUGGUCACAGUGUCUGGUGACUACUGACUGUGGUCACAGUGUCUGGUGACUACUGACUGUGGUCACAGUGUGUCUGGUGACUAUUGACUGUGGUCACAGUGUGUCUGGUGACUACUGACUGUGGUCACAGUGUGUCUGGUGACUACUGACUGUGGUCACAGUGUGUCUGGUGACUACUGACUGUGGUCACAGUGUGUCUGGUGACUACUGACUGUGGUCACAGUGUCUGGUGACUACUGACUGUGGUCACAGUGUCUGGUGACUACUGACUGUGGUCACAGUGUCUGGUGACUACUGACUGUGGUCACAGUGUCUGGUGACUACUGACUGUGGUCACAGUGUCUGGUGACUACUGACUGUGGUCACAGUGUCUGGUGACUACUGACUGUGAUCACAGAGAAUGUCUCCGAGAUGACUGUCUCUUAGAGUGGGAUGCAAAGAAACUUAUCAUGAAUAUAUAUUAAAUAUAAUUAAUUUAUUUUGAGUAUCAAACUUUUGAUCAUGAAAGUAAGUUUUUGCUUUUUAAAAUAUGGCUUUGCUAAUUUGUUCUUCUAGAAACAUUGACUUGAAGCAAUAGGAAACAUAAUUGACAGUUAUGGCAAAUCUUGUAUUCAAGUGACUUUAUUGUUAGUCAUUUAUAAUAAUGAAUUAAUUAAACUUCAUGAACUAAGCCUAUCUAAUUUUGUUUAAUAUUGAUGUACACUAAUUCUGAAUAACGGUUAUUUUGUAUUAAUAAUAUGGUGUUACAAAUAGGAAAAUAAUGUAAGGAGUAAUGAACUUUGUAUAGGAACACCGAUUAAUAAGUUUUGUCCAUUUUCAUUAGGCGAAUCAUCGGAAGUAUUGUACAUUGUUUACAUGUUGACGGUUCAUUGUUACUUUGUGAAAAUGAUAACAUUGUCAUGAUUGGUUGUUUCCAUAAAACUUGUACUGAUCACCUCUUGAUCGUUUAAUUAAAUAGCAACAGUGUUAGUGAGGUAUAAUAAAGUGACAUAGCCUGGUAAUGAGAGUCUUGAGACUACAGGCGUUCUCUUCUCAGAGAGAAGGUACUUCAUCGCGAUUUAAUCUUACAAUUGUGUUAUUGAAAUACAUUGUUUCAUCACUUCGUGAAUUCUUGUUAUGAAUGAUUUGAAGAAAGAAAGUCUUAAAAAAAAUACAGUAAGCAGAAUUGGCUCAUAUACAGUAUAAAAGUAUAUAGAGCCCAUACAUAUUUGGAGAGUAUACACACGCACAGAGUUAUAUGACAGGGCACUGGGAACACGGGACACGACAAGUGUAGCUCUCAAUCUGUAAUUACACUUAAUUAUCUCCCUCACAUACACACACACACUCCACACACAUAUAUAGUGGCACUAUGGGCUCACCAUAGCCCAUGCUACUUGGAACUUUUUGUUCCAAGUAGCGAAUCUUAAACAACAACACACACAUAGGAGAGUACACAUACACGUUCACACACACAUGUGCGCUCUAUCUCACAGUGUACACUAAGCUAUGAUUGUUUUUUUUAUACAAAGUAAGAGUACCGUGUAGUAGGCACAAAGGCUGCCUCAUGUGCCCUGUAAGCCUGAACUUUAAGACUAUCAUAUUCUUGAAUUUUGUUUCGUGUGGAAUUUGUGAUUUUUUGUGGCUACAUCUUUUUACUUGAAAAAGAUGAAACUUGGACAUAUUGACAGGAGUUCACAUUUGCUAAUAAUAAAAUCAUUUAAGCCAGUAGCAUCUUGAGUAGAUAUUUUUUGUGUGCAGUAAAUAUACGUAUUGUUUUAUAAUUUCAUUGUUGCACGCACAUCAUUGUGUGACACACAUUUCAUCAUGUAUGUAUUAUUAUGUGUUACAUAUAUAUAUUUCAUAAUAUGUUACACAUAGUUCAAGUUCUUCUUAGUAAUGUUUGCCAGCCAUGUGUAAGAAGAAAACCAUUUGAUCAUAUGUUAGAUAUUUUUUUGAAAUUUGAAUUCUAAAUGUUGAACAGUAUUAAUUUUUAUAUUCACUAAUAUAUUAUGUUUAGCAUAAUAUGAUAUGUAUGUUGUAUAUUUUUUUGUAGAGGUGAUAUUAAAUUUUUUUAUGAAA